UCUUGCUCCGUCUUGUGUGUCGUGCGCUGUUCGGCUCUUCGUUUCUGGUUUUGGGUUCUGGCCAAAAUGGGUUCCCAGGGAAUGAUCUUUCUUGCACGCCACACAAAAAUGCCAGACAUUGACUUGGGAUCUCACACUAUACAGUCCCAUGGAUUCAAGGUGGCAAAAGUGCAUAAGCAUGACUGGCUCAUUCUUUUGCUUCUUGUGGUGAUAGAAGCCAUUUUACUUAUAAUUGAACCAUUUCACCGUUUUGUUGGAGAAGACAUGAUGUCAGACAUGAAAUAUCCUCUGAAGGGCAAUACCGUGCCCUUUUGGGCUGUCCCAAUGAUCGCCAUAGUGUUUCCGUUCGUCAUCUUUCUUGUUUUCUACUUCACCCGCAAAGACGUUUAUGAUUUCCAUCAUGCGAUUUUGGGCCUUCUAUUUGCAGUACUUUUGACUGCGGUGAUUACUGAUGCUAUAAAAGAUGCUGUUGGACGACCAAGACCAGACUUCUUCUGGCGGUGUUUCCCCAAUGGAAAAGGGGAUUUUGAUCCUCUAACGAAGGAUGUCAUCUGUCAUGGAGAUAAGGCCGUGAUAAAGGAAGGCUACAAAAGCUUCCCCAGUGGGCAUAGCUCUUGGUCCUUUGCAGGUCUCAGUUUCCUUUCAUGGUAUCUAGCAGGGAAAAUUAGAGCAUUUGACCGUCGGGGUCACGUUGCAAAACUCUGCAUCAUACUUUUCCCUUUCCUUCUUGCGGCCCUUGUCGCCAUUUCUCGUGUUGAUGACUAUUGGCACCAUUGGCAGGAUGUAUUCACCGGCGCUCUUAUAGGAUCAAUCAUUGCUUCGUUUUGCUACUUGCAGUUCUUCCCUUAUCCAAAUGAUACGAAUGGUUGGGCACCUCACUCAUUUUUUCAGAUGAUGGAAGAAAGAAAUAGGGGUCAUUCUUCAGCUCAAAGGGUUAAUUCUUUUCAUCUGCAAAACUCAGAAAUCGGAGCUUCAUUUAUGGGAAGAAAUAGCGGCAUGGAAAGUACGGAAUCAAGCUCGCAUGAGCAUGAUACUACCCCUGUUUUAGAUGCCAUGGAAACUGGGAGAAAAUACUGAUUUCUCUUAGUGGGAAUGAAAUGAAGAAGAGAUGGAAGUACCAGAGACUGGAAAAUGAGAAGAUUUCUGUACCGAAUGGGAGAAGUUCCAAGGUUCAGAACAUCAAGAGGAUCCUGAAACGGCAACUGAAGAUCGCAAUGAAGAACAACAAGCUGUCAAAGAGGAUCCAGGAUGCUUAUGUCAGAAAGAUGGUGCGCUUUGCCGGAUGUUUUGUCUACACAAACACCAAUAGUAAUCCGUUUCAGAUAUAUUCCGAAGGCUCCCCAUAAAAACCGAGCCAGAAACCUAUGUCGAUCCCCAUCUGCAACUGUUCAUAUGCAUGCCAUCAAUAAGACAAAAUCAAGAACCAAUACACAUGAUACUGUGAUGUGGUGCUUGCUGUAUAGUUUCUUAUGUAUCUUUUGGUUUAUAAUUCAUAUAUGCAAACAUGUAAGCUUGGCUGGCAUGACCAAUAUGAGUCCUCUGGUGCAACUUGUAGGCUUGCUUCUGAAUUGUAGCUGAGACAGUUAUGUUGAAUUGGGUAAAUUGUGGCUUGAUAUCAAGUUAUCCAAA